AUUACGCUGAUGAAAAAACGGAAUUACUUUGUUUUCGCAUAACAUAGGUAAUCUUAAACUCAAGUGCGGAAUCCAAGUCCUGACAGGAAAAAAGUCCAGGCCAUUCUAAUAUUAGCCGAGGAGGAGCGUAGUCUGGAUGCUAGUACUCCGUAAUGGUGUCGCUGUUCCCAGUUAAGCAUACGCACCUCCAGAAAGACAGUUAUUGAUCUGCUUUUGCUUCAGUGUCUUUCUAUCGAAGAGAGGUCCCUUCAAAACUUUUAGAUGCAUCAACUAUGGAUAGUGCUGAAGAAGGAGAAAAGGAUUUACACACACGUCAAGAUAAAAAGAACAAUAAAGAGGAGGAACAGAGUACUCCAAUUGGGGAGAAGCCCUUUAAAUGCGAUCAGUGCCCAAAGAACUUUAGCAGUAACAGUAGUCUUUACAAGCACAGAAGAAGACAUACAAGUAAAAAGGCUCAUUUGUGUAAAGAAUGUGGAAAGACCUUUAGUGAAGCAGGAACGCUGAGAAGACACACCACGAUGGUUCAUUUAGGAGAGAGACCUUAUGCAUGUAACCAGUGUGACCGCACCUUUAGUCUCAAGUGGGACCUUCAAAACCACAAAAGGACACAUACUGGAGUGAAGCCUUUUGCAUGCAGCUAUUGUGGAAAAUGCUUCAGUUACUCCAGAAAUCUUCACAGACACUAUAGAAUACAUACAGGAGAGAGACCUUUCAAGUGUAAGCAUUGUGACAAGCAGUUCACACAAAAAGGAGGUCUCCUUAGACAUGAAAUAACACAUUUAUCAGACAAGAGUACAGCAUGUGUAAGGUGUUAUAAGAAUUUUCACCAUCCAGACACACUGCAGAUUCAUCUCAGGGUAGUACAUGGAGGAGAAAGGCCAUUUAAAUGUGAACAAUGUGGAAAAAGUUUUAAGCAGAAGGUACAUCUUCAGGCACAUCAAAGCAUACAUACAGGAGAGAGACCAUUUGCAUGUGAUCAAUGUGGAAUGAAGUUCCGCUUGAAAAGUCACCUCCAGCAGCAUUUUACAACUCACUCAGUGGAGAAACCUUUCACAUGCAUUCAGUGUGGCAAGAAUUUUAAACAGAAAGGCCAUCUCCAAGUUCAUGAAGGCAAACAUGUUGACACAAAUGCUAGUUUUAGCUGCUAUCAAUGUGGGGAGUGUUUUCACUUUAAAUGUCAUCUCUAUUUACACGGUGCUCUUCACUUUUCACAGAAACCAAUCACCUGAACAGCAUAAUAAAAGUUUCUCUCAGGAGCAGGAUCUCCAAAGUCCUCAAGGUAAACACAAGGGAGAAAUUCUAUCAUGCUAGGCACACUGACCUGUCACCCUUUAUGACAUCAAAUGACAGCAUAAGCAUAGCUCUCAAG